CCGCGUAGCAGAGCCCGGCGCAGGUGAGCAGGGAAGCCCACGGCGAGGGUUGCGCCAGGAAGGGGACGGGGUCGGGGUCAGGACCCCCGCGGGCACAUGGGCCCCUGCCUGCUGCCCCGUGCCACGUGCUCUGCUCUCUCCCCAGCCAUGAAGGCGUCGCUCCUGCUCGCGCUCGUCUGCACGGCCGUCCUGGCCGCCGGAGCAAGGGCCGAUGCGCCAAGGGAGCCGGAGGCGCUGGUGAGGAAGGUGCAGGAGUACGCCCAGAAAGCCACGGCCAUGGCCAAGAGCACCUUCAGCAUGGUGCAGGAGUCAGAGGUGGCUCAGCAAGCCAGGCGAUGGCUGUCGGACAACGUGGACCUGGCGAAGCAGCGGCUGGCCUGGCUGAAGGAGCAGCUGGUGGAGCUCUGGAAGCGGACGCCGGCCGCGUAACCCCACCAGGGGCUGGCCGGGGUCCGGCCGGGCCGGGGUCCCCCUGGCUCCCCACCCACUGUGGCAGUUUUUGCAAUAAAGUGGCGCUGAAGCAGA